AGGAGGAAGCCUGCUGUCCGUGGUCUGUUUCUCUGACAAAGUCAAAAGCCUCUAGAGAGCUCACCAUGGCUUGGACUCUCUGCUUCCUUGCACUUCUCAGCUACCUCUCAGGUGUCAUUUCACAGUCUACAUUGACUCAACCAGCGUCUGAGUCUGCAUCCCCAGGAAACACCGCUAAACUCUCCUGCACCGCCAGCAGUAGUCCAGGUACUAUUUACUGGUAUCAGCAGAGACCUGGACAAGCCCCUCGCUUUGUGCAUUGUAAUGGUUGCAACAGAGGAACAGGGAUCCCUGAUCGAUUCACUGCUUCCCUCUCUGGGAAUAUGGGCUAUUUAACCAUCAACAACAUCCAGGUUGACGAUGAAGCUAAGUAUUACUGUGCAGCUUGGUUUAGCAAUGAGUGGGUCUUCGGAUCAGGAACCACCCUGACUGUCACAGGUCAGCCAACAGCACCUCCAACAGUGAACGUCUUCCCACCAUCCCCAGAAGAAUUGAAGACCUCAGACAAAGCCACCGCAGUGUGUCUGAUAGAUGGCUUUUACCCGAGUACCAUCCAAGUUACCUGGCAGGCUGAUGGCACCGCCAUCUCCUCUGGGGUGGAGACAACCACGCCCACCAAGCUGAACGACAAGUACGCGGCCAGCAGCUACCUCAACAUGAAAAAGUCUGAGUGGGAGAGCUAUGAAAGAGUCACCUGCAAAGUGAUGCACGAAGGGAAGCCCUUUGAGAAGGAGGUGAGGAGAUCGGAGUGUGCCUAAAGGCUGGAUGGGUCUGAUGAGUUCCUCGUGCCUCCAGCAGCUGAGAAGAAAGAGUCCUUUCAUGUUCAAGGGGGCCAAGUUUAUUUCCUCUAAUGCUACGUUGAUCCAUCAAGUCUGGUUUCCUUCCUAUGUUGUUCCCCUCCCCACACCCCCUCCCUUCCACUUCUCCCUGGAAUCUCCUUUGUGUGUUGGCUUAUAAUGUUUGCAAAUUAAUAAAAUGUCAUACAUUUCA